UAGGGGAUUCCUAUGAACAUCAGAGCCUAAACGUGAUACCGCUUAGUUUUGAGCUGGGAGGUAACAUGAUAUCAGCUAGCAUGUUCAAGGAGCAGAAUGCAAUGUAUUACUUUAAAGGCUGUUCGGGAUCAGCCAGGAGGGCCUGGCCAUCGGCGGGCCCGCGCCUGGCAAGGCGACCGCCACCAGCAACUUCAUGACGCAGUUUCAGAAGAAGGUCUUGGACAAGAUCCUGCGACCGUCGACUAUCACUGCAGACCACGGUGCUGUGGCAGCCGCAGUGGGAGCUGAGGCAGUGGAUACUGCGGCUAACGACGGUGAUGGUGCAGCAGCGAGAGCAGCCACUGGGGACCACGAAGAGGCGCAGGCGUCGCAGCAGCAGCAACCGCAGGGGGGGACACCGGCACGGGUCAACACAGGCGGUGGAGCCGAGGAGGCAUUGGUGUCUGGAGAGAACGAUGCAAUUCAGGACGAGGAUACCACCAACUACGAUGCGUUCAAGGAGUGGGUCAGCGAGGUGCCAAGAACAGCUAAGGGCGCAGCUGGCAAGCGCAGGCGGGGUGGCGGUGAUGAUGACGACCUGGGUGCGAGGUCGGGGCGCAAGGUUGGAAAUAAACGGCAGAAGGGGAACAAGGGCGCAGGCUGGGGCAGGGGUGCAAGCAAGGGGACCACCAGAGGUGCAGGGAAGGGCGGCGCAGGCAAGGGAGGGCGGAGGGGGCGGACAGAGGAGGGUAGCUCGGAGGGUGGGUCGGAUGCUGGUCCAAGUGUAUGUCCUGGGUAUUAG